UGACGUCUCUCGCUCCUGUGUUCCUAUUGGCUGACGCAGCGGGGUCCCGGCGGCUGCUCUUCAGCUUCAAACUUCUACUUUAACUUUCUGAUGUUUUUACACUUGUCAUCAGACGCAGUUUUAAAGGUUUCUGGAAGUUAAAGGCGCCGUUUUAACAUCCCUAUGCUGUGACGGAUUCACCAGCUGAUCUUAUUAACUCCACAGAAGAAGAAGGAGCAGCUGAUCUCAUUAACACUAUAGAAGAAGAAGGAGCAGCCUGAUCUCAUAACACUGCAGAAGAAGAAGGAGCAGCUGAUCCUGACCACUUCCUGUUUGGAUAUGAAUCACUGAGCUUUAUGUCAGGUGGAUUUAUUCUGCUGCAGGUUAACAGAGAGGAGCUUCACCUGUUUACCUGCAGGGAGGUCAGAUCACAGACUGCUAAACAGGUAGACGGGUCCUGAUUGGAGGUCCAGAUGGGGAACAGCGCCCUGAAGUCUCACCUGGAAACCUCCCAGAAGACCGGAGUGUUCCAGCUGACGGGGAAAGGCCUGCUGGAGUUCCCGGAGGAGCUGCAGCGUCUCACCUCUAACCUGCGGACGGUGGAUUUGUCAGGGAACAAGAUCGAAGUUCUUCCUGCUGCCAUCGGAAACUUCCUGCAGCUCAAGAGUCUGACGCUCAACGCCAACAGACUCACCAGCAUCCCCCCUGAGAUCGGAAACCUGAAGAAGCUGGAGACUCUGAGUCUGAAUGGGAACCGGAUCCAGCAGCUGCCGCCCUCAUUGGUCCAGCUCCGAGCCCUGCGGACCCUCCGCCUGUCCGGGAACCAAAUCUCAGAGUUCCCGUCUGGACUGGGAGCCCUGAGGCACCUGGACCUGCUGGACCUGUCCCGGAACCAGAUCCAGAGCGUCCCCGCAGACGUGUCCGAGCUGCAGGCCAUCGAGAUCAACCUGAACCAGAACCAGAUCUCAGUCCUGGCAGCGGAGGUCUCCCGGUGCCCCCGUCUGAAGGUCCUGCGACUGGAGGAGAACUGCCUGGAGCUGUCGGCGGUCCCUGAGUCCGUCCUGCUGGACUCUCAGGUGUGUCUGUUCUCUGUGGAGGGAAACCUGUUCGAGGUGAAGCGGCUCCGAGACCUGCAGGGCUACGACAAGUACAUGGAGCGUUUCACCGCCACCAAGAAGAAGUUCACCUGAAGACGCUCGACGACGAGUCUGAAGCUCAGAACGCCGCCGGGUCAGCCGAGGCUCCGCCCACCACAGCCGCUUCUUCUUCUGCUGCUAAAAAACCAGACUUCACACCGCCGGGACAGUCCUCCA